AUGGCCGCUGAAGCCGGUUGGCAAACGCUAAAAUCGAGAAAAUCCAAAGAUUUGUCAGUUCUGGCGUGCCUUGAAGUUGCAGUGCCGCUACCCGCCGUCAAGAGAUACGAUGGGCAUUCGUUUGGAACCCGUUCAGUGCUUGGACACUACUCUCAAGAUGAUGAUUGUGCUGUGCACAUGGACGAUCGAGAGGCUUGCGAGAUGGCUUAUAAAGACUGCCGCGAGUUCGAAAAACUAAAAGACAAGGAUUUGAAGGGAGAUCUUACAGAGUUUAAAUGGAGAGUCGAAGAGACGGAAGCUGAUGGUCUCAAGCCCCUACUGAAAUGGAUCUUGCACAAGAUGCGCAGUGAAGAUGUAGAAGUGAAAAAGUACAUGAGGCGGAGGGCAGGAGAAGUCACCUUCGUCUUCAAACGAUCAGUGAUGACUAGAAUCCUCAAUGCACCAUACGACCAACACUCGGAGUUGGACAAGUGGAAGCUUAAAGUGUGCCGCUUCCAGAACAUCAUAUAUGUGUGCAAUGACAGAGAGGAAGGCUGGGAAGAUUAUUCCGACGAUUAUAAAGAACGUCGAUACUGGGCAGCUAAAUUUGAAUCACUAAUGACACGCCCCAUUAACAAGGAUGGAAAGAAACUCAACGAUUGUGCGGGAUACGCUAUUGUUGUUGGAACUCAGAUCAAGAUUGACAAGAAGACCAAGAGCGACUCCAAGGACCCCCCCAAGAUAUCCUUCAUACUUUCCGCAGAAGUAGACGCUGAACAGAAUGGAGCACAUACAAAAAAUGCAACAGGCGGAUUACCACCAGCUACAAGUGACUGUAUCGAGCUGAAAACUGCCUAUGUGGAUCUUAAGGGUGAGAGGGAGAAGAACUUUCGUAGCCACACACUGCGGAAGACAUGGUCGCAGUGCUGGAGCGUUGGUACACCAAGUAUUGUGUAUGGAUUUCUCAACGAGAAAGGUAUUCUGCAAGAAACCAAGACUUUCAGGACGGACGAUCUGCCUAAACUGCCCCUCAAACACUGGUCUGAUGCGGGGUGCCUUAACUUUGUAGACGACUUCACCAUGUGGCUUGUUGAAGAGGUCAAGGAGGAGCUGCGAGAGUACACAGUCACAUAUGAGCCAAGAGGCUGCGAGAAAGAGACGCCUAGGACCAGCGGUAAGAUGCUGCUUCGCACAGUUGGCAAAAUCCCGUCGAUUCUCACGCGAGAGUUUGUGAAGGAGAUGGAGCGUUAUCGUGCACGCUCAUGA